AUCGUCUCUACUUUUUGAAGCGGAAGUAGUAGUGGCACUCAACGUCAACAGUCCGUUCGAGAGUACGUUUCCAAAGUGGAUGAGGAUGUUAAUUGUAGGAGUUCAGGUGCAAUCGGUUUGUAUAAUGAAACAGACACCAAACUGCUCAAUACAUUAAACUUAACUUUACAGAGUUUACUACAGAGCCAACUACAUGUCAUCAUUGGAACAAGAUUGCCAGGAUGACCCAACCUCGACCUAACGAGUUUAUUCCACCGCCGGAGUGCCCUGUCUUUGAGCCUAGUUGGGAGGAAUUUGCCGAUCCAUUUGCGUUUAUCAACAAAAUACGACCAAUUGCAGAAAAUACUGGCAUUUGCAAGAUCCGCCCACCCCAGGGUUGGCAGCCACCAUUUGCUUGUGAUGUGGACAGUCUGCAUUUCACUCCACGUAUUCAGAGACUCAAUGAGUUGGAGGCCCAGACCAGAGUUAAACUCAACUUCCUUGACCAGAUAGCUAAAUUCUGGGAGUUGCAAGGUUGCACGCUGAAAAUCCCUCAUGUAGAGCGCAAGAUUCUAGACCUGCAUCAACUUUACAAGCUGGUGAAUGAGGAAGGUGGCUUUGAAGUCGUUUGUAGAGAACGACGAUGGACACAGAUUUCUCUGAAAAUGGGAUUUGCUCCUGGAAAAGCCAUCGGGUCGCAUUUGCGGGCUCACUACGAAAGGAUCCUCUAUCCCUAUUACCUGUUUCAGACAGGGGCCAACCUUUUGCCGAACACUCAGAAGCCGACACUUACCAAUGACACCAAAGACAAGGAGUAUAAGCCACACGAUUUGCCCCAGAGACAGUCAGUGCAGCCAGUGGAGAUGUGCUCCAUUGCCCGCAGAGCCAAGCGUAUGAGGACAGAGGGACGAUGUGUCAAGACAGAGCAGGGUGAACAAUGUGAAAACAGGCCUAACCUGAGGAGGAGAAUGGGUUCUUAUGUGGCUAAGCCUGAACCAGUGAAUAUGAUACCAGUACAGAUAAAGCAAGAACCAGCAGAACCUAAAGAUUUAACGGUUGAAGGCGAAAAAUCCAAGGUAAGGACACAACAUUUUCUCAUUCACCACGUGGAGCAGUACAUGUGUUUGGUUUGUGGCGGUGGGGGGGACGAAGACCGGCUGUUGCUGUGUGACGGCUGUGAUGACAGCUACCACACCUUCUGUCUGAUCCCUCCCCUACAUGAUGUCCCCAAAGGAGACUGGAGAUGUCCCAAGUGCCUGGCUCAGGAGUGCAGAAAGCCUCAGGUGGCAUUUGGCUUUGAACAGGCCUCCAGAGACUACACGCUCCGAUCGUUUGGAGACAUGGCUGACUCCUUCAAAUCAGACUACUUCAACAUGCCUGUCCAUAUGGUUCCUACUGAAUUGGUGGAGAAGGAGUUCUGGCGUCUGGUUAGCACCAUUGAGGAGGAUGUCACUGUGGAAUAUGGUGCAGACAUUGCCUCUAAAGAGUUUGGCAGUGGUUUUCCUGUCAAGAACGGCAUGUUCAAAGUUGCUCCUGAAGAAGAGCAUUAUCUUAGCAGUGGGUGGAACCUGAACAACAUGCCAGUAUUGGAGCCGUCUGUGCUGACUCACAUUACAGCUGACAUCUGUGGGAUGAAGUUACCCUGGCUCUAUGUUGGGAUGUGCUUCUCCUCCUUCUGCUGGCACAUAGAGGAUCACUGGAGCUACUCCAUCAACUACCUGCACUGGGGAGAGCCUAAAACAUGGUAUGGUGCCCCUGGGUAUGCAGCUGAACAGUUGGAGGAUGUGAUGAGAAAACUUGCCCCAGAACUGUUUGAGUCCCAGCCAGAUCUGCUGCAUCAAUUAGUCACCAUCAUGAACCCUAACAUCCUCAUGGCUCAUGGAGUUCCAGUUUAUCGAACUAAUCAGUGUGCUGGUGAGUUUGUCAUCACUUUCCCAAGAGCCUAUCACAGUGGAUUCAACCAGGGCUUCAACUUUGCCGAGGCAGUCAACUUUUGCACUGUUGACUGGAUGCCUCUUGGUCGAAAGUGUGUGGACCACUACCGCUCCCUGAACAGAUACUGUGUCUUCUCCCACGAUGAGAUGGUCUGUAAUAUUGCCGCUAAGGCAGAGUCCUUGGAUUUGGAUCUCGCGUCUGCUGUACAAAAGGAUAUGACCAGUAUGAUUCAGGGAGAGAAGGACGUUCGUGAAAAAGCCUACAAGAUGGGUGUGUGGCACUCGCUGCAAGUUGACUAUGAUAUGCUGCCAGAUGAAGACCGUCAGUGUUCAAAGUGCAGGACCACCUGUUACCUUUCUGCCAUCAGCUGUCCCUGCAGCCCUGGCCAGCUGGUCUGCCUCCACCACAUUCGUGACUUCUGCUCCUGCCCUGCUAACAACUACACCCUAAACUAUAAAUUCACCUUGGCAGAGCUGAACCAAAUGUUUAAAGCUGUGAUGGUGCGUGCAGAGUCCUACACUGAAUGGGCCUCUCACGUCAACAAGAUAUUAAAUGCAAGUGAAGACAACAAAAGUGAUCUUGAGGAACUACGCUCUCUCAUUGCUGAAUCUGAGAGGAAGAUGCUCCCUGACACUGACCUGCUGCUUCAUCUGCGGCAAGUCGUCCAAGAAGCAGAGAAAAGUGCCGCGAUGGCACAGCAGCUCCUCAAUGGCAAGAGGCAGACCAGGUACCGCUCUGGUGGAGGAAAGUCUCAGAACCAGCUCACAGUUGAAGAGCUUAGGUCAUUUGUCAAGCAGCUGUAUCACCUGCCAUGCACCAUCAGACAGGCCCCUUUUCUGAAGGCUCUGUUGAGCCGCGUGGAGCAGUUCCAGCAGAACAGCGCAGAUCUUCUGGCUCAGGACGUACCCAGCUCUGCCGCACUUCAGGAUCUCUUAGAUGAGGGCUCUGGCCUUGACGUGGAGCUGCCAGAGCUGGCUGUGCUUAGGGAGAGGCUGGAACAGGUGCGCUGGGUCGAGGCUGUGCAGCAGGCCAGUGAUCAACCUGCCAGCCUGAGUCUGGACUGCAUGAGGAGACUCAUAGACCAGGGUGUAGGCCUGGCACCUCACGCCUGUGUGGAGCGAACCAUGGCCCGUCUGCAGGAGCUGCUCACCGUGUGCGAGCACUGGGAGGAAAAGGCACAACACCUUCUAGAGGCGAGGCCCCGCCACGGUAUUGAGAAUUUGGAAACAGCCCUGCAGGAAGUCAGCAGUAUCCCUGCUUACCUCCCAAACUGUCUCCUGCUCAAAGACUCUGUCAGCAGGGCCAAAGAAUGGAUACAAGAGGCAGAUGUCCUCCAGAUUGGAGGACGUAUCCCAGUUCUUUCCACGCUCUCUGAUUUGGUUUCAAGGGCAAGAUCCAUACCUGUCCUGCUAGAGCCACUUGUUCGACUGGAAAGCCUAGUGUCUGAGGUACAGGCAUGGAAGGAGAGUGCAGCCAAAACAUUCCUGUUGAAGAACUCCCCCUUCUCUCUACUUGAGGUACUUUGCCCCAGGUGUGAGACAGAGCCUCAGAAAUCAAAGUCUAAACGGACUAAGGAUAUUCUACCAUAUGGCAAGAAAAACUCUGUUAAGCUGGAAUGCGUCAGUGAUGUGGAGAGGGCUCUCUCUGAGAGCAAAGACUCAGCAUCAGCGAUGGCUACCCUGGAUGAGGUGCGUCUGAAGGAGCUGGAGAACUUAUCCAUCCUCAGGACAUCCAACGAGGCUAAAUUUCACCCCACGUCCAACUGUUCGGCCCCCACUGUUUGCUUGUGUCACACGGUGCCAGCUGGACCUAUGCUUCAGUGUGAACUCUGUCGAGACAUUUACCACAGUGGUUGUGUGCCAGGGUUCAUGGACCCACAGACAGGGCAGCCGUGGCUAUGCCCGCUCUGCCGACGCUCAGAAAAGCCGCCGCUGGACAAGGUGCUGCCCCUGCUUGCUUCUCUACAGCGGAUCCGGGUACGGCUCCCUGAGGGUGAUGCACUGCGCUACAUGAUUGAGAGAACAGUUCGCUGGCAGCACAGAGUGCAACAGGUCUCUCCUUCCACCCAGCAUUUGUGGGCUCUUGCUAAACGCACCAUGGAGUCCAGUGGAAAAGUGAGGUACAUCUCUGGAAUGGCAUCGUUUUUUAACGAGGAAGAGAGCAGCGGAUCAUUUUAUCUACAACAUCCUGGCGUUCCUCUUAGUGGUCUUAGUGUGGAGCUAGAGGAGCUGAUGGUAGAGGGCCUUCUGCUGCAAGUCACAUUACCUGAGAUGCAGCAACUUUACCACAGUCUGCGCUAUAGGCUCUGCUCAAGCCAGACGAACUGGCACCCAUCACUUCAGAGCAGUGAGCAUGAUCACCAAUAUCACAUCGCUCAAGACAGAAGCCCACCCCAUCAAAAUGGACAGGACACCAGUCAUGAAUUCAAGAAGGAAUGUGGCAGCCAUGGUGACAAGCAAACCAAGCGGCGCCUUGAGAAAGAGAAUUCAGAGGGUCGAAGCAAAGACACAGUCAAGAAGCCCAAGAAGAAGAAGCCUAAAAGGAACAAGGAUAAGAACCGGGAUGGAAAGACAAACUUGUCUUCUUCCAGUGGUCACUCUGACCAGUCCUACUCUGAGGACUCUGAAGAGGAUUGGGCCCUUUGUUCAGCAGAGCACUGUCAGCAGCCUGAAGGAAAUGAGGUAAAUUGGGUCCAGUGUGACGGUAGCUGUAACCAGUGGUUCCACCAGAUCUGCGUGGGUGUGUCUGCGGAGCAGGCAGAGAAGGAAGAUUACAUCUGUGCCAGCUGUGCUAUUAAUGAUUUGACCUAAUGAGGACCAAAAAGGCUUUGAAGUAUAGUCAAAGGACUUUCAGUUUUGCACAUAAGUUAAAGCACCGAGUAUGCACCUGAUCACCCAACCAUCCCUUUUGCUGCCUUUCAGAAGUACUUCUCCACUUUUCCCUUCACGAUACUGGUGCUCCUUGUCUCUCGAUAGGACUGUUAUACAGAAACAUUAAGACUGUCACUUUUUGUAUUUCUAAAUUUCCUUCUAUGAGUUGUGUUUUUUUUUUUUUUUUUUUGUUUUUUUGUCAGAAAGACAUAAUACAGAGUUGUACCUCAGGGGUUUCCUUCCCAGAAAUGUAGGGUGGAGUGCAUCAACCUCCCUCAAGUCAUUGGAUCUUCUACAGAAGUGUAACAUCUUCUAAUAUGUGACUUAAAAAGGAAGAUCCAGCGCUAUUUUUCGAAGACAUUAAUUGGACUAAACAGAAUGAUCUCAGAUUAUUUUUGGAACCCACUGCUUUGGUACAAGUAUCAAAUAAUAUAAACAUUGUAUUUAUUUAUCCCAGCAAUAACUGAGCUGGUUCCCCUGAGUUUAGUAGCUUGAGAAUCUACUCUGAUAUUUAGUAAGAAGCAUUAGAACUGGUUGUACAGAAUUCUGAUGUGGGUUGUUUGGGUGAGUGAUGUAGCAGACAGAAGAAGCUGUGUGAAAUAUACUUUUGAGUAUACUGCUUUCUUUGAACGUUAAGUUUCUGAUGUUGAUUCCAUUGAGGAAUAAAAUCGUUUGUUCUCAAAGAAA